AUGAAGGAUUUCACAGAUGGAAAAGGAAUGCCUAAUUCUCGACCCAGCAGUCCCGUCUCCUACUGCGAAAUUUCACCAGAGCGUGUUACGAAGCAGAAUCAACUGCUUCAGCCAGCUCUCCUCCUGCCUAGACCGUCUAGAGCCUCGUCGGAGGUAAAUAUUGCCGAAAUUGAGGAGACUAAUGCCUUGGAGGCCUGCUCGAAAUCGGAGAAUGCCUUCCCGCCGCCGGUAAAAGUGCCACAGGAGAUGACACAACUGAAAGGGAUUAACAGCAAGAGAAUGAAAUGGAUCAAACUCAUUCGAUUACAGCUGAAUGUUCUUCAUGAGAAGAAGUCAAAAGGCCCGAAUUUUGGCAAGUCUGCCGCGGAGGCAAAAACGCUGGACGUGGAGCCACAUGACGCCUGUCUUACAAGUAGGGAGCACCAGUGGUCGUCCAUUCCAAAGGAUGCGGCGCCUUCUUCUGGUCUUCCCUUUGAAUCACCUCGACAUCUAUCAGUUCCUUGGGCGGUGGUCAGUGGUGCGCACACCUCUCCCCUACUUGAUACAGAUCACAAGGGCAUCCCUGCUGGCGGCGAUUGGAAGAAAAGUCUCUAUCCCCCAUCUCCAGUUUCAGACUGGUGGAUCGUCAAGACUGUCUAG